CUUGACUAUCCGUCAAAAGCUCGAAGCUUUUUUAUUGACGCAAGCACGUGUUUUUUGUAUCGAAGUGUUUUGUGAGUGAAAAAUGUCAGAUUCAAGCGAUGAUGAGUCUCAAACAGCAUCAGGCCCCGUCGAAAAUGCUUGGGAGAUGAAAAUUCCGGAAUUUAAGCCGGAGGAUAACCCCCAUGGCCUCUUGGAGGAAAGUUCCUUCGCGACGCUUUUUCCUCAAUAUCGGGAGCAAUAUUUGCGUCAAGUGUGGCCCCUCGUGCAAAAGACUUUAAACGAGCAUCACAUUAAAGCCGAAUUAGAUGUAGUUGAAGGAAGUAUGACUGUGAGAACAACACGGAAAACUUGGGACCCUUAUAUCAUUAUCAAAGCUCGAGACAUGAUCAAAUUAAUGUCACGCAGUGUUCCUUUCGAACAAGCCAAACGAGUUUUGAACGAUGACAUUGGUUGUGAUAUCAUUAAAAUAGGGAAAAUUACAAGGAAUAAAGAGAAGUUUGUUAAAAGAAGGCAAAGGUUGAUUGGCCCUAAUGGAUGUACUUUGAAGUCAAUUGAAUUGUUGACUAAUUGUUAUGUGUUGGUGCAAGGACAGACUGUGUCGGCUUUGGGGCCUUACAAAGGGUUGCAGCAAGUCAGGAAGAUUGUUGAAGAUACCAUGAAGAAUGUGCAUCCUAUUUAUAAUAUUAAAGCUUUGAUGAUUAAGAAAGAGUUAGCUAAAGAUCCUAAGUUGAAGAACGAGAAUUGGGAUCGAUUUUUGCCCAAGUUUGUUAAUAAAAAUAUCAGUAAACGGAAGCAACCUAAAAAGAAGAAGGAGAAGAAACCUUACACGCCAUUCCCGCCUCCACAAACUGAAAGCAAGAUUGAUAAGGAGUUGGCUUCUGGUGAAUACUUCCUUAACAAGGAACAAAAACGGCAAAAGAAACAGAAAGAGAAGAACGAAAAACAUGCGGCCGCCGCAAAGAAACGAGAAGAGAAAAGAAAUGAAGCGUUUAUCCCACCAUCUGAGGAACCCUCAACGUCGAAGAAAUCAUCCAAUGUUAACACGAAAGUUGAUAUAGCGUCACUUAAAGAAAAAAUCAUGAAGGCGCGGAAAGGAGCAAAAAUGUUUAAUAAACCUGUUAAAUAACCUGUUAAUAUUAUUUGACUUGACAUCCAAAUUUUGACAAUGUCUGAUUUAGAUGAAUAUGAAUCUCAAGAAAGAAUCGCUGUUAAAGAUGGCUUUUCAGUGCGUGUAGUUGAGUACAAGACCAUCAAGCUUAUGUCAAGUUUUUUAACAGUAUUUCUUUUAAUUGAUAUAAUUUUCUCCUGCAAACUUUUUCUUUCUGCAAUACAGAUCAGAUCGCA